AACAAGAGAAGGGACACGUGCAGGAGGGAGAGAGGGAGGGAGGGAGGGAGAGCAGCGAGAUCCCGCCGCCAGCUCUGUGCUUUGCACGCGCUUCGGGAAGCGCGGAGGCGGGACCCCGCGCAGCCUGGGCUUCCACCGCCUUCCCGGGGCUUCGAGACUUUGCAAAAGCAUCGGGCGUCCAAUUUGGCGAGCGUUUUUGGCGCGGAGGCCGAGGCGGCCCGGGGAGCUGGGCUGGGGCGCGCGGUGGCGUCCCCGGCACCUCGGCGGCCUCCCUUUGUGUGCGACCCCGCGCUGGCUGCCGGCUGGCUCCCGCCGCUCGCUUGGCUCGCUCGCGCUCCGCACGUUCGGCACCUGCUGGCGACCCUGUCCGGCUGCCAGGCAGCCAGGGCGCGCGCGGCCCGGGACUGGAGUCAUUGGCAUUGCUAGCACGUGGGGGCCGUGCGCUGUUGCCUUGGACUUCUCCCGUGUGCUCCCGGGAGGAACCAGGAGGCACUUUGCAGCCGACAAUGAAAUCCUGGCAGCUAAUUGCAGUCGUGGGAGAUGCCCUUCAGGAUAUCAAAGCAGACUGCAAUACCUGUGUGGAAAUAGAGGACAGAAAGGGCAGGCGUUGGCAAGCUAUGGCCCAUGGGCCAAAUCCAGCCCUCCUGCCUGUUUUGGACUCGUCCAGUUGGACCACAGCCACACUCGUGCAUCAUUUCUGCACUGACUUUGGCUCGCCUUCUGCCUCAGUGAGUACUGGGGAAGCCCUCCAUGCCCAGUCCUCCAGAGGGGGCCCUUUCUAAAUAAAGUCUGUUCAUUAGGGACUC